AUGUGGUGGUCACUGCCUCUUGUUGGCUGGUACAGGAAUCUUGCAGCUCUUCCUGGAGAAGCCUCUGGCAUGUUAAUUGUGUUGGUUCAGGACACUUUAGACAAAUUGGAAUUUGAAACAGUUGGACUGAUAGUAAACACCAUCUGUACAGAGGCAGUUGGCACCACAGGGACAGGAGGUUCUUCAGCAGCUGCUCCCUCAACUUUUUCCUCUGGUGGAGGUGACGGGCCUAGGCAAGCCUGGAACAGAAGGGGAAACAAAUCGCAAAAUAUGUCACUGGAACUGGGCUGUACUCUCAAUGAUGGAGACAUUAUUGAGAUUUUUCAAGCUGGUCAUCGACAUUGGGCGAUAUACGUAGGAGAUGGAAAUAUUGUGCAUAUGACAGGUUCCAUUGUGGGGAGUGGUGAUGACUCUGUCCAUGGAAACUCUAUUGUGGUUGAGAAAAGUACAUUGGAAGCUGAAGCAAAAGGAUGUGGCUUUAAAUUGAACAAUAUUUAUAAUGGAGAUCUGAUCCCUAUACUCAAAGAAGAAGUGGUCAGAUCAGCACUGGGAAUCGUAGGUGAAAGUAAACCGUAUGGCUCAUGCUGCAAAAACUUUGUCCUUGAGCUGAAAUAUGGAAAGGCAAACCUAGAUAUUAUAAUAAGGAAUUUGAUGCCAAUUCCAGGAGAAAUUGCAGUUGUGGCAGCUAAAGGAGUCAAAGUGACGGGUACAGCCAUAAGCUCAAAUUCUGAUGUUGUGGGAUCAUUUGCUGCAAAAGGUGUUGAUCUUGCAGGACAGGGACUGACAGCAAUGUCGGAUACAGUAGGCACAGUUGCUGGAAAGGGUGUAGCAGCUUUUGGGAACGUGCUCUCCAUUGGUGCUCAAACACUGGCUCCAAUAAUUGCAGCUAAAGCAGACGCAUUAUCUGCUGGGUCGGGCACUAUGGUGUUGACUGCGGCGGAUUGUAUAGCUCCGUUAGCUGAGUCUUUAUCUGGGGAUGCACAAGAAGCCACAGCACAGAGUAUAAUGCAGCUGGGAUCUUCUGUUUCCUCCAGUUCUGCAGCUGUAGGGUCAGCGGUCUCCAGUGGAUUGUCUUGGUUAGGGUCAGCAUCCGCUGCAGGAGCUUCCAGUCUUUUGGGAUAUUUUAAGUCCGGUGCUGAGCCAAUAAACCAGACAGAUGAGAAACCAAAUAUUCUAGAAGUUAGUGAAGAAGAUACUUGUAAUAAGCCUGAAUAAUUAUUUAGAUGUUUCAUCUUUAUUUCUUAUUUCUGUAAUUAUAAAAAUGUCUAGGAUAUAAAACUGAUGGGUUUCUAAAGAUGGAUCUGUACGAACAGAAGAUGAGACAUUACUAGUAACAUUUAUCUCUGAUGUUUAUCACCUAUUAUUAGAAUUCACUGCAUUUUUUGUAAAACAACAGAUAAUAAAAAUUCCAUGUGGCCCGUUCGCCCUCAUUUAUUCACCCAAGGAGAACCAAGACUUGACCUUAUGAUGAGAUUAUCCAUGUACUCUGGAACGAUAAAAGCUGUGUAUUGCACUUGGGAACAUGUUAUCAAGAAAAUAAACUUAUGGUAAUCUUUCAAUAAAAUGAACGUCAUUAAGGGUGUGUUUUCAUUAUCAGGUUUUUUUUAACGCAGUUUGUGCAAAGUCAGUCAUUUCAGGCAAAUUCAGCAUGGAUUCCACCCGAUAUCAGACUCCCAUUGAUUUCAGUAGGAUUUGUUCACACACAGUACUUUCAGGGUGUAAAUCGCUAAAGCUUUUCCAAAUUUCACCAAAAGAACUAACAAUUCUUGAGGCAGAAUCGGUGAGAAGACGUCCCAUUGAAGUAAACAGGGUUUUGUAUUUCAGCUCCAAAUCUGCCAUAGUCUGUGCCAAUAAAGCACCAUUCCCAAUUAAUUUCAGCAUGGAUCAGAAAAAGGAUUUCUAAACAGAAUUUCAGUGCGGUGAUGUUCCUUGUCAUUUUCCUCUGUGUGCACAAAGGCUUAUGCUUAUCCUUCUUUUAUGAUUUGUUUCUGGCUUUGGCUUCAAAUACCACCUAAAAAAACAAACUUCUUUCUG